UGAAUCAAAUUAAAACGCAUCAACCAACCAAACAUCCCCUCUCCAAUUCCGGCGAGGCAGGAGAACAAUUCCCGGAUCUGAAACCGGCCAAAAAAAUCCUCCGAUGGGAGCGAUUACAACAGCAUUGAUAGCAGUCGCCGGAGUUAUCCUCGGAUGGAUUACAAUUGAAAUCGCUUGCAAACCUUGUCUCGAACAAGGCCGUCAAGCCAUUGACCAAUCGCUUAACCCUGAUUAUGAUCCCGACGACGACGUCGUUUCGUCUGAUAUUCGUGCUCCUCUCAAUCCUAACCCUAAUCCAGAUGCUCAAGAUUCCUCUGCUUCAGCUCCAAUCAAGGCCGUCUGAUUGGUAUUUAUCGCCGAUUGUUUUUUUUUUUGAUUGAGAUUGUUUCAGUUACAAUGUUGUAUGUUUGAAUGUUGAUGAAUGAAAAUAUUGUAAUUUGAUGAACUGAUAAUUGAUUUUCAGUUUACAUUGUGGAUUAAUAAUAAGAUUAUCACCUUCAAUUUCA